AUGCACCUAUCUCUGAUUUUCUUUUUUAUGUUACACACUCAUUGGCACAAUUUGAAUUUAUUUAGCCUGAAACAUUUGGACCUUUCUGGGGUUAAACUUAUACUAUUUCACCAUUUUCACCUGAUGUCUUUCUCUCUUAUAUUUCAGUUCCCUGAGUUUCGCAUCAAGAAGCAGCUGAUCUUGUUUGUGUCGCCAAUCCUUAUCCUCCUGGGCACCUUGGGGAACAUGUUUUCCUUCAUUGUCCUUCGUCGGAAGCCGAUGAAAAAAGUAUCCAGCUACGUUUAUCUCGCCUCCCUGGCCAUCACGGACACACUAGUGCUGUAUAUCGGCCUUCUCAAGCUAUGGAUAGGAGAACUGACCGGCUACGAGAUACAACAGUCGGCCAACUGGAUCUGCAAACUCACUGCCCUCUUCGGCUAUGUGACCAGUGACCUUUCUGUAUGGCUCAUCAUCGCAGUCACUGUAGAGAGGUAUAUCGUGGUGUGUUUCCCAUUCCGGGCCAACUCUAUGUGCAACGUAUCACGUGCCAAGAAGGUCAUCCUCUUCUUGUUGUUCCUCAUGUUGUCGCUCAACUUCCAUUUUUUGUGGACUGUGGAAGUUGUUCAGCACGGACCUCACUACAUGUGCGAAGGUGUCCCGCCGUUUGAGAGCCUGGUGGCAGAGUUCUGGCCUUGGGUUGAUGCCUUCGUCUACAGCUUUUUCCCCUUUGUCACCAUCACGGCGCUCAACUUUCUCAUCAUCAGAGAGGUAAUGGGCGCCAGGUCAAACCGCAUGCUCAUGUCUGGAGCUGAUGACAACUGCUCCUCGGUGACCAAUGUGAAUGCCACAAGCACUUCCGGUAGCGAGAACCGGCGCCAUAACGCCAGCGAGGGGCCGCGACUGACCGUUAUGCUGGUGACCGUGUCCUUCACCUUCCUCGUCCUCACGCUGCCCAAUAACAUCUCACUCAUCGUGACCUACUUCUGGAACUCCAAACACGAGGCUGAGAAGGAGGAGGGGUCCGACAACAUCAACGCCUAUCGGAGGAUGGCCCAGUUCACACUGGUCAAAACCAUCACAGAGCUGUUGAUGUACACGAAUCACUCCAUCAACUUCUUCCUCUACUGCGCUACGGGCAACAAAUUCCGCCAGCAAGUGCUCCAGCUUUUCCACUGCCUUCACAGACGAACGGGUCGUGACCAAACCAUCCUAAGCGGCCUCCAUUCGCUGCGCAGGACGUCACAUUCAAUGUUGGGCGGGCCUAACGAGCUCAUGUUGUCCAAACGCUGCGCCCGCAGGAAAAGCAGUUGUGUCAGCAGCGAGCUCAAUGUGGAGCAGGGGAUCGAGGGUUACGAAGACAGCGGUUUUGGCGCCGACGGGACAAAGUCCGCCAGCCGAAGCAACAGCAACAGAAGCGUGACGGGGUGCGACGUUUCUGGGAGCACUUCUGUGAGCAUCAGCAACGGUGGUUACCGUCAGGACAAUAGCAACAACAAACGCUACACGAUCAAAGCCUUUUCUAAGUCACCCUCUUCCGCCCACGAGCAGAUAUUAUGUGGUUGUUCCAGGGGGUCCAAACGUUCCUCACCAAGGGCUUGCGAAGACGGGAUGAACUGUGGUUCCAGUCAUGAGCUUCAGGUGUUCAGUGAUUCAAACAGAAACAAACGCUUCUAUCGACGCCAGAAUAGCGUCAUUAGCAACGGUGGUGGAUGCCGGGUACAUUUCAGCAGCCGGAAGUACAUGUUCAGAUCGUCGCCAAGCGCCGGGAAAUGUUUAGAACUUGCCAGUGAGGAGUGUAAAGAUAACGAGUACGUUCUGUUGGAGCCUACGAUUCGGUGGUGUGGAGUUACGUCUAAAAAGUGAGUUAGUGAGAGAGAGAGAGAGAGAGAGAGAGAGAGAGAGAGAGAGAGAGAGAGAGAGAGAGAGAGUUGUGAGUGUACGUGGCGGUUAUAAAGUCUCUCCCUGAUUUCAAAUUAUGUGUACUUAACAAAUUCGAUGCUCUAAAGACAACGUUGUUUGGUUUUUUGUCUCCUUUGUUUGCUUUGUAUUUUUCUUGUUUUCAUUUUGUUUUGUUUCUUUUCUCAACAAACAUACUAUUGAUGUUUGGGUUUUUUCUUGUGUCUUCGUAUUUGGAUUUGAGGGCUCGAAAAGUUGAGGUUCCAUAAUAGUGCAGUUAGGAAAUAAAAGCUGGUUAAAUGAGAGGGGGUUUAACCUGGUAUGUCCAUAAUUUAAUGCAACGGGAAAAAGUUCAUGAUGCUGAAAGAAUUUGGGUGAUUUUAAGUGCAGCUUGCUAUUUAUUUGUCUGUCUUAAACGUUGCAGUCGACUGAAUGUUAUGUCUCGGGGGAACGAAAAUAGUAAUCCUGUUAUUUCGAACCACUUAUCACGUCUGUGAUCACAGCUUUGUAGAAUGUUUUUAAAGACAUCCACAGGGUCAUCAAGGUCUAUUGUUAUUGAAGACGCGGUUUCUUUAAAUAAUCGGUUCAGCUUUAAAAUCGAUGUUUCAAAUUAUGACUGGUGACGUCAAUAACGUUCUUGACUGGCAGAUUAAGAACGCUAAAAAUGUCGAAAAAAAUAGAAUUUAAUCACAAAUUCAACUAAAUGUGUGUUCGGUAACCUUUUAAUACACAUUUUCAGAAAAGAAUAAAAGAAUCAGAUAACAAUGGUAGAGAAUCCAGAAUGCAAAUUGGUUUUUGGCAGCCGGCAAAUAUGAUAUAUGAGCUAGUGGCAAAGGUAUACGUCUAAUACGCUGAUACCUUGUAUAUUUCUGGGGGAAUUUCAAGGUUUAAAUGGAAGGAACUACAUGACAAUUUACGUUUCAUAACAAUGGACAUGCUGGUGGCACGAUGCAAAACACUACUGCUAAUGUACAGGACAUUCAGCUAUAAGGGCCUUGACAGACGAGCUGUAAAAAUCGCGCAUUCCUACAAUAGUUGAGUGUUUUCUCGCUUCUCAUUCAACACGACAAUAUUCCCAGUGCAACCAUGUCUUCUUAUAACGGAACAGAGCGUUUGAUUUUGAAAAUAAGGAGCAGAAACAUUAUUUGGGACAACACAAGUGAGGAAUAUAAUUUUUUUAAUGAUGUUUGGAUAGAUGUAUAACUAGCACUCAGACCAAAACACACUGACACAAGUGGAACAUUGAAGAAGCAGAUACGUAAGCAACUUUUCCUUUUUAUUUGACUUCUGUCUUGACAUCUUUUUUGAAGAUAUAAGAUGUAAAACUGUCCUCUUUGUAAUCUAUGAGAAACAAAGAGAUGAACCCAAAAUCUUCUUUGUCGCUUUCUUUUUUUAAAGAUUCUUCUCAUCGACAUGACCAAAGCCACCCUGACUCUCCGAUCGUCUAUGUUGAACUAAGCAGUAGCGUAAAUGUCGCCCCUGUGGCUGCCACACAAAAGUAAGCAACACUUUCUGUGCAGACGUUUCUGCGUGAUAAUUGUAGCUCGACUGUUUAUACCCUAAGGUAACAAAA